UUCAUUUGGCAGUGUUUGUGGAAGGAGGAGGCUAUGGCGCGUCGCGGCGAGGUCUUGUCCCUGGCGGCCGCUCUCGAAGAAAUGCGAUGCCUCGCGAAGGCGCUCGGCAUCUAGAUGCGGAGCUCACGGCGCGGCAGUGUUUCUUCCAUCCCCGGGCAGGGAGAUUUCGAGGUUUCUGGUCUCAAGCAGCUGGAGCUAGGGCGCAUUGGCUGUGGAUGAGGGAUCGCCGGAAUCGCAGGCCGCGGAUCUGAUCGUUCCGGUAGCGCUAGGGUUUUUGUUUCACUGUUCUCGCUUCGUCCUCCGCCAUGCCUUCCCACAACGAUCUUGAUAGGCAGAUCGAGCAGCUGUGGGAGUGCAAGCCGCUGUCGGAGCUGGAAGUGAAGAAUCUGUGCGAGCAGGCGCGCGCCAUACUGGUGGAGGAAUGGAACGUCCAGCCGGUGAAAUGCCCCGUGACCGUGUGCGGCGACAUCCACGGCCAGUUCCACGAUCUGAUUGAGCUCUUCCGGAUUGGAGGCAAGGCCCCCGAUACGAAUUAUCUCUUCAUGGGCGACUAUGUCGAUCGCGGCUACUACUCCGUUGAGACCGUGACGCUGCUCGUGGCCUUGAAGGUACGGUAUCGAGAUAGAAUAACGAUCCUGAGGGGGAACCAUGAAAGCAGGCAGAUCACGCAAGUUUAUGGUUUCUACGACGAAUGCCUUAGGAAAUAUGGAAACGCGAAUGUCUGGAAGUACUUCACCGAUUUGUUCGAUUACUUGCCACUCACGGCGCUGAUUGAGAACCAAAUUUUCUGCCUCCACGGUGGUCUUUCGCCGUCUCUGGAUACUCUAGACCACAUCCGUGCGCUGGAUCGCAUUCAAGAAGUACCGCAUGAAGGCCCAAUGUGUGACCUCCUUUGGUCGGACCCGGAUGAUCGGUGUGGAUGGGGAAUCUCCCCGAGGGGCGCGGGAUACACAUUCGGUCAAGACAUCGCGGAACAGUUCAACCACACUAAUGGCCUGAGCUUGGUGGCCCGUGCACACCAGCUUGUGAUGGAAGGAUACAACUGGUGCCAGGACAAGAACGUUGUGACGGUGUUUAGUGCCCCCAACUACUGUUACCGGUGUGGCAACAUGGCGGCAAUAAUGGAGAUUGAUGAGACGAUGGGGCGGACCUUCCUCCAGUUUGAGCCAGCUCCCCGACAGAGCGAGCCCGACGUUACUCGCAAGACUCCCGACUACUUUUUGUAAGAAAGGCAAGUUCCAUCUUACUGUUCUUCUGGGGGCUUAAGUUUGAGGGGAGAGGGAGAGAGGAGAGAGGGAUCGAUCGAGCUGCGGAAACCAGGAAGGAAUUUGAUGGGGGAUAUGUAUAGCGUCGAAUGUAGUUCGCUUGGUUGGGGGAGCAAAAAAAAAGAAGAGAAAAGAGAGAGGAGCUGGCUGUAACAUUUGCAGAAGAAGGCCACGGCUUGUUCUUGUGCAAGAAUUUUAGAUGGGAGUGGAGGCUUGCAAAAAGGUCUAUUCUUUGAUUUCGUUCUUUGUUUUUACCUUUCGUUUUUGUUAUAAAUUUUUUGGUUUAGUGGACACUUGCAACUUCUUUAAUCUG